AUGCUGCUGGAAUGGCUGCGGGGGCUGCUGCGGCUGUUGGGACUGUGGAAACGAGAUGCGACGAUUCUGCUGCUGGGACUGGAUAAUGCGGGCAAGUCAACAUUGUUGCACAAGCUAUGCAGCAACGAGCUUCGUCCUUUCGUGCCCACAACCAAAGCGCAUUCCAAGACCUUCUCUCUGGGCAACAUUAAAUUCACCGCGUGGGAUCUCGGAGGACACGAGCAGGUUCGGGAUCUGUGGGAGGAGUACUACUCAGGGGCAGACGCGAUCGUGUUCAUGGUGGAUAGUGCGGAUCGCGCGAGGUUUGGGGAGGCGAAAAGAGAGAUCCAGCAGAUCUUGUCUGUGGAGGACAUCGCAGAUGUUCCCAUCCUUGUGCUGGGGAACAAGAUCGAUCUUGAGGCAAGUGUUGACAAAGAUCAGUUAGCAGAGGAGCUGGGGCUGGAUGACCUUGAGAAGGAGCGGGAUGUAGAGGUUUUCAGCUGCUCGCUGGUGAGUGGCUCAGGGUACUACGAUGGCUUCAAGUGGUUGUCACAAAAGUUUUGA